AGGGCUCCACAGAUGGGGUGGACAAUACUGAAAUGCUGUUCAUGUGUUGUUGGACUUUCCGGAAUCCAGAGCAACUGCAUCAACAAAGAGCCUGGGUAGAGUCCCGUCCCUCUCAGAAGCUGCUGCCGCCGCCUGGGGAUGCAGAGAGGAGGGGGCUGCUGCUGCUGCUGACCCUCUGCAACAUACCCGUCGGGGUUGGUGUGAGUAAAAGAAGUGAGCAUAAGAAACAUCUAUAUUUUCUAGUGUAGUGAACUGUCACACACAACCAACCAUGCCUGGAGAAGGAAAAACUGACAUGGAGAGGGUUGGCCUCUUCAGUGAAAUGGAGUAUGUUACCAUUGGAGAUAAAUAUGUCUCACACUAUAUGCGCCCUUUCAAUGAAGCUGCAAGCAAGAACAAACAAAUGUUACCUGGGGGUACCAAAAUGCUGUCAGCUCUUCAGGCAGGUUACUUUGAGCCUCAGUUUGUGAGGGUUUUCGAAGGUGAAGCCUACUCAAACCCUGUGCAACUAAGGAGGCGAUAUAGAUUGGCAGAGUCAAAGAAAAAUAUGGGCAAAGCUUUCCUUCCAAGCAAUGGAGUCAAACUGCCAUGCGGAAUGGGUACUUAUUAUGGAACUAUAGGUGGUCCAUAUCCAUUCUUCAGUGCACAACUAAGAGGGAAAACAGCAUAUGCUCCUCCUGGAAAGAACCUUUACACAAAUCCUGGAAAGAAAGGAACUGGAUAUGGAUAUCCAAAUCUUACCAUAGGUAAACAGUAUCCACACUCAAGUGAUGUGUAUGAAAUUGGAAAAAUGAAUGCAAAGAAGGUGCAUGAAGACCAUCUGCGUUUGGUUAAAGGAGGGCCUUUCAAGUUAAAUCUCUAUCCUCGGGAGUAUUUUGACAUAAAUCCAUAUUAUGAUGAUAAACCUUUGGCACCAGCUAAGAAACCAACCCCAGAAAAGCCAGUUGCACACCCCUUUAAACCAAGUUCUCCUGCUAAAAAGUCAGGGGGCAUGAAAGCAGGAACAUUUGAUCCUUAUCCUUCCCAUUCUGCUGAGCCCUAUGUGGUUAAAUAUUCUAAGCCCAUCACAACUAAUAAAGAAGGACGGAUUUUUCAUCCUCCUACUGGAUCAAAAAGCAGGCCCUCUACAAGUAUAAUGGCUUUAAAUGUUACAAGAUCACUAAAUGUAAUGAACUACAAGACUACACACUUGAUAUAUUAGCUUUGAACAGUGGGAUAAAGAAUACACUUCUUGGAUUUUGUAAACAGCAAUUCAAUGCUUAAAGGGCAUUUGAAGUAAAUAAAAGUUUUGUGGAAGAUAGAAUUCAGUCAAAUAAGGCAAACCCAGAUUUUAAUUGUAUCCUAUUUGAGACUAUAUUUUAUAAAUAU